GACCGUUUUAGAGUUCGCAAAAUGGCACCCAAUGUUGGAUACACACAGUUUGCGGUCCCCGAUUUACCCUGUCAACAAUGUUCUUAUUUAAGAUAUUUGAGAGGGAUGUAUACGAUGCGCAUGUUGGACGGCGCAGGCGCACACCACGCGCCUCAUCACAAUCAUACUCAUAUGAUGAUGACAGCUGAAAGGGACUCGGCAUCUGAUAGUGCUGUGUCCUCGAUGGGCUCGGAGCGGGUUCCGUCGCUGUCCGAUGGAGAAUGGUGCGAUGGUAGCGAUUCAGCACAGGAGUUUCAUAGCUCAAAAUUCCGUCCUUAUGAUAACAACUACGGUCGCGACCGCGCGGCGCCCCACCAGCCCCAGAAGAAACACCACAUGUUCGGGAAAAGAUGCUUCCAGGAACAACCCGCCCCUCCACUGGACCCUGUCGGAAGACCAGGUGUAGUCAAAUAUGAGUGCCCGGAACAGACCUACCAUCAUGAGAACAUGCAUAUGCAGAACGUUGAGUUCGGCGGCCGGCCUCAGCUGCCCCCGCCUCACCUGCACGCCCCCGCGCUGGACCUCAACGGUGCCCACUCCAGCCAUGCUUUGCUACAGAGUACGAUCCCGAGCCCGGCCCCGCCUCGCUUCGCCUACGCGACCCCGGAGCGAGUGAGACACAACCACACUUACAGCGCCCCCCUCGCCGCCGCCGACCAGAGACCAGCUGCCGUCAGAGACAAGAGAGUUCGGCGGCUGACAGACGGUUCGAUGUCCGACGGAGGCUCCUCAGCCACCAGCAGCGGACAGCAUCUGACGAGGGACGAGAAGAGGGCCAAAGCAUUAGUUGCUGCAGGCAUCCCGUUGGAGGUGCACGACAUCAUAAACUUGCCCAUGGACGAGUUCAACGAGAGACUCUCGAAGCACGACCUGAGCGAGGCGCAACUGUCACUCAUAAGAGACAUCCGACGACGUGGGAAGAACAAGGUCGCGGCACAGAACUGCCGCAAACGCAAACUGGAUCAGAUCACAUCACUAGCCGACGAGGUCCGCACAGUCAGGGACAGGAAACAGCGAACCCAGAGAGACCACAGCUCACUCAUCGCAGAACGACAGCGUGUGAAGGAACGAUUCGCGGCCUUAUACAGACAUGUGUUCCAGAACCUCCGCGACCCUGAAGGUCGGCCGCUCUCCUCGCAGCAGUACUCCCUGCAGCAGGCAGCUGACGGAAACGUUGUCCUGGUGCCCAAGAUGCCGCAACACCAAGAUCACCCAAUGAAUCGCACAUCCGAUGAUGACAUGGACAGGAAAGCGAAGAACUACGAACAGUGACAUCUACCCUCAUAUACACACUGGUAACAGGUGUUGCCACACGAGAAAAUACAAAAUUAAAUCAUGCAAUUGAUUCUUAUGUACGGUUUUUUAAUACAUCGGGAUUUUUUUCGUCAAAUAUCCAUAGAAAAUAUUUUUUCUUUUAUUUUGAUGAAGUUAAAUUUGGAGAAACCUCUUUCAGUGACAGAUGUCAGUUUUGACAGCUGUCAAAUCAAUUUAUUUGUCGAUUUUUUUUUGUAGUUUACAGUUAGUUGUUUGAAAAUAACAUUUUCUAUACGAUUUCAGUUUUUAAUUAAAUUCUUUGAAAAUUAUAGUUUUUAGGGAUGUUUGACGAAAGCUUGUUGAUUCCCGAUAUUAAUUUAAAUGUAAACAUGUCACCAAUAAGGUACCACAAAUUGAGAACAAAAAUGACGUUUCGUAGCGUCAGAAUACCAAGUAAUCCUAAUAUGUAUCUAUAUUUGUACGGUCAACAAAAAAAAUGUAUGUUUACAUACAAAAACUUAAAAUCAUAUUCAUUUUGAAUUUUUGUAUGUAAAUUAGAGCCGUCAAAUAUUUUUUAUUUGUGUCAAAUUGCCUGAACAUUAUCAAGAAAACCAACUUUUAAUGAAAAAUCUUUGAUAUACGCAAUCAGUGGUCACUCUAUAUAUAAAAAUAAAUUUGUCUGUCUAUCAGAAAUAUCCUUUUCCAUACAAAUUACAACUGUCACUCAGUUAAGUGACGUUACUUUAAACAAUAACAGUUAAAAUCUCUAAAAUGUAUGAAAAUGACAGAUCUAAGCGAAAGAUUUAUAAUAGAGAAAUGUCAUUAACAUACAUUUUAGGCUAUUUGUAUGAGAUUUGUAGAAAUAUGCCUUUUUUUGUGAAACCACUGAUUCUUAACUUAUGUUUUUCUUAUGAUUUUGAAAGAAAAAAAAAACACUUGGAAUAAAAAUUGUUUGUGAUAAAGAAAUAUGAUUCCAUUUUGAUAUAGAGAAUUGUUAGUUUAAAUUGAGCAUCUGCGUUUAGACUAGAAAGAAAUGUGAAA